CAGCAGUCCUUCAUUACUUGCAGGUCAAUCUCUGGUAAAAACAAACAAACAAACAAACAGACAAACAAACAAAACCCGAGUGUAUUUAUUCCCACGAGUGACUGCUGAAGGAGUUUAAAUGAUUUAGAGUUGUUUAAUAGAAAUCAGCUGAAAGCUUCCAGUCUCUCUGUCAGUGAGGAUAUGGAUAGUAAGAUUGAUCAGGAUGUACUGUAAUGAAUAUUAGAGAAAUGAUUUUGUUUGUGAUAAAGAGUGAUUAACUGUAAACAGAGCGGAUGAGAGAUGAGCAUGAGAUAAAAGAUCUCUGAAUCUUAGCCUCAUCAUUUCAACUUUUGUCUUAAAGCUUCACUUUUGAGUUAAAAUGACAAUUUAGGUCACACGAGUUUUAGUUCAUUAUAAUUCUGGUUUAAAAAAACUGCAAAAUACGAACGAUUAUUGUAUUUAUUCUUAAUUACGUAAAAGAGCGACUCAGCUGUGAUUGGUCGCUUCACGCUCCGUUCCAGCAGGCGGCGGAAGUGAUGCAAUAGAGUUAAAACCGCAGUAAAUCAAAAGAAGAAGGUUUUGCAGAAAUUACUGUACAGACGCGUUAUGGAAAAUAUACAGAAAUGUAACGAAUAAAGAGGAAGCACACACACACACACACACACACACACGAGCUCGCGGGAAAUGACGUGAUCAGCCUGUCUGUAGAAUUAACCUGGACUUCAGCUGUCAGAUUAACUUAAACUGUUCACAAGCAGAACAAUGAAGAGUCGGUUUCAUGUGUGUCACAUAUAAACAGUGAGAAGAGUAAAAACAGACUCGAGUGAAGAGUCUCUGGACUUCCUUGAUUCAUAUUUCCUGAUAAUCACUGACCGAGCGCGCGCCCACACACACACACACACACACACACACACACACACACACACGCGGAAAACCCGUAUGCCGAGGUCCAUGGCUCUUCUGGGCUUCAACGUCUCUGAGAGAUGAGUCUGACACCGAUUCUCGAGGAAACGUUGAUCAAACGUUCUCAGCAGAAGAAGAGAACAUCUCCGCUCAACUACAAGGAGAGAGUGUUUGUGCUGACCAAGAGCAAGCUGACCUACUAUGAGCUGCGAGCCGAGAAGCGCUUUAAGAAGGGUUCGGUGGACCUGCAGAGGAUCAGGUGUGUGGAGAUCGUGAAGAGCAGCACCGCCAUCAUCCCCUGCCAGAACAAAUACCCCUUCCAGGUUGUUCACGACUCCGUCACGCUGUAUAUUUUUGCUCCCAGUAAUGAGAGUCGAAGCCUUUGGGUCCAGAACCUCAAAGAAGAGAUCAGGAAUAAUGUUCAGAUCGCAGCGAAGUUUCACCCUCAGUUCUGGCAGGAGGGCGAGUGGCUGUGCUGCGGUCAGCUGGAUAAACUGGCCCCGGGCUGCGAGGGAUACAACCUGUUCGGAUACGUUUCACGUAAACCUCUUCCUCCUGUUCCUGGAGACGAGAGCAGCACGAUGAGACGGCCACCGCCGCCCCCCCCACCCGCAGGCGAGACGGCACAGGAAGAGGCGGGCCCUGUAGAGGAAGUGGUCAUCGCGCUGUAUGACUUUGAGGCCCUGGAGCAUCAUGAUCUGACGCUGAGGAAGGGCGAGGAGUACGUGAUCCUGGAGAAGUGUGACUUGAACUGGUACAAAGCGCGAGACAAACACGGAGAGGUGGGCUACAUCCCGAGCAACUACGUGACAGAGAAGGAAUCAGACACACUGCAGCAGUUCAUAUGGUUUUGUGCAAAUGUAAAUCGCAACAAAGCUGAAGAGCAGCUCAGGAAAGAGGCUAAAGAUGGUGGUUUUAUGGUUAGAGUAUCCAGCAAUACAGGGACCUACACCGUUUCACUCUACACCAAGAACAUAGGGGACGGAGCAGCUACAGUCAGACAUUAUCAGAUUAAAGAAACAAACAGCUCACCAAAACAGUUUUACCUGGCGGAGAAAUACAUCUUCAGCACCAUUCCUGAUCUCAUAGAGUACCACAAACACAACGCCGGAGGUCUUGUUUCCAGGCUCCGUCACCCAGUCGGUGAUCAGACGAGAGAAGCUCCUAAAACAGCAGGAUUCAGCUACGAUAAAUGGGAGAUCAACCCGUCUGAGCUGACCUUCAUGAAGGAGCUGGGCAGUGGUCAGUUUGGAGUGGUGCGGCUGGGAAAAUGGAGAGCGCAGCAUAAAGUGGCCAUAAAAACCAUCAGGGAAGGAGCCAUGAGUGAAGAUGAUUUCAUCGAGGAAGCCAAGAUCAUGAUGAACCUGGUGCAGCUGUAUGGAGUGUGCACUCAGCAGAAGCCCAUCUACCUGGUGACGGAGUUCAUGGAGCUGGGCUGUCUGCUCAACUACCUGCGGCAGCGCCGAGGAACGCUAGCAUCGCACGACCUGCUGGGAAUCUGCCACGACGUCACCCAGGGCAUGCAGCAUCUGGAGCAGAACGGCUUCAUCCACAGAGACCUGGCGGCUAGAAACUGUCUGGUCAACAGUUCACUGGUGGUGAAGAUCUCUGACUUCGGCAUGACCAGGUAUGUUCUAGAUGAUCAGUACUGGAGUUCCUCCGGAGCCAAGUUCCCCGUCAAGUGGUCUGCACCCGAAGUCUUCAACUUCUGCAAAUACAGCAGCAAAUCUGACGUCUGGUCAUUCGGCGUGCUGAUGUGGGAGGUGUUCACAGAAGGGAAGAUGCCGUUUGAACACAAUCAGAACCACGAGGUGGUGAUGAUGGUCACUCAAGGACACCGGCUCUAUCGGCCCAAGAAAGCAGCUCCUCACAUCUACAGAAUCAUGACCAUCUGCUGGUUGGAGAAAGCAGACGAUCGGCCGAGCUUCACUGAGCUCUCGCUGAUGAUCGCAAACGAGCUGGAGGAAGCUGACGGACCCGCCUCCUGAGCUCUGAUUGGACGGUCUGCCUCUCCAAUCCGGUGAUGAGCUCUGGACAGCUCUUCCUCUCUGCUUGGGUUCAGGGUUCGGGGCCGGGGCCACAGAUCCAGAUCUUCACCGGCCGCGCCGACGGAUCCUUCCAGAACGAGUUCCUCCUCAUGUGAACCUGUCUUUAUGACAGGGACCGAGUCCGUCUGAAUUAGGGCUGGGAAAAUAAAUCGAUGCAUCAUGAAUCGAAAAGAGAUUCCGCAUGGAUUGUGAGGUUUUUCAGAUGCUUGUCGAUUCUUUCUGGAGUGGACUCUGAGUUUAGUUCUGAACAGCAGAUGGCGCCGCAGUAUACCUCCAAAACUUCUUUUUGCCCUGAACGAACUUUGCUUGGAGUAUAUCAGAGCCUUUAAUAACAGCGUUCUGAGCCGAGGUGAAAGUACACGCUCUGCAGGAACUAGAGCAGAGCGCCAUCUGCUGUUAAAAUCUGUCCUGAGAAUCUGUUCUAGAGAGAAUCGCAAUGCAUUCGGAAGAUUGCAAAAUGGUUCCACGAUUCGGUUUAUGGUCACAGCCUUUGUCUAAAUGUGCUCUGAUCUGCUGUAAAGAGUCAAAUAAACCUCCGUGUCACUGA